AUGGUCUGUCUUCGAGGUGUACUGCUCUUCCUCCUCCUCUGUGCAAGCGACAUCCUCGGCGAGGGUCCAGUAUUUCACGUCCCUCCAGGUAUCGACCCUGAAGGAGAUCAAGUCUUACUUUUAGAACAAGGCUUCGAAGACGCGAUAGUACUGGCGAGGGUGGCGGCGAUAACCUUCGAUCCUUGUGAUGUCUACUUCAAUCGAUACUUCAACGCUGAAGAUAGCAAGUUCGUAAGCGACGUGUUCCGAACGAUCGCGAACAUACCCCUUGAUCUUUCUAUGGAAGACCUCAGCGGCAAUCUCAAUCCAGAUCUUUCCACCAUCGUUACCGGCAGCCUAAAUUCGAAGUUCCCGAAAUUGGAAAUCGCGAUUGGGGAUCAUCCUGACAGAGAUGAUCAAUCCGAACGGUGUGAAGAUGACCACAUCGAUGGCUUCUACUCCUUCAACCCCAACGAUCCUACUGCAGGGCUCCUGUCCAUCUGUAUCGGUGCAUGGAGAUAUCCGUCUCUAGACGACAUCUUAGAGCCACCACCCAGUUGGAAAGGAACGCCCGGCUUUGAGUGUGACGGGCUCGGCCCUCGUGAGUCCAACCUGGAGUUGCCCCUGGGCGGAGUCAUCCUCCACGAAAUGCUGCAUUGGCCAUACCUUUUCCAGAACGACGUCCCUGACUGGUCCACCAAGGUUCCUACAUUGCCACAGUACCCUACCAUUCGUCAGAUUCCAGAUUACAAAGAUCCAACGGGCAAUCCUCCCGAUGGUUAUGGUCCGUAUUACGCACCGCAACUCAAGAACGUGCCGAAGGGAAAGUGGGGACCCCAAUAUCCGAUAACAACCAACAACGCUGACAGUUUCGUCUAUUUCGCCACAACAAAGUACUGGUCCCUCAAAUGCAACCGGGAUUUCGCACCACCCGUCGACGAAGACGACGCCGAGCAACGAGAUGACCUCUGGAACGAAUUCCUUCCCGACGCAUCACCUUCUCCUCCACACAAGCGUUCCACCCUUCGUGAUCGUCUUCUCGGAUAUCGCUACAAUGGCACCUCUCAUCCCCACAGCAGAAUCAAGCGUUGAAGUACUUGCGGACUGCCGUCACGAUGCACCUGACGACGCGUUUACCAGAUGAGCGGUUGUGGGACAUUUGGGGGUUGUCACAUGUCGAGAAAAGCUGCCAACUUGAGGCCAAUGGUCGUGAUGCUUAUCGUCCUUCCCUGCUUGCUUGCGCGUGUGGUGGG